AUGGUCAAGCGCUCCAACGUCUCCCUCCUCACAGAGGGUGCGGCAUACAUCCAGCGCGCAAAGAAGGCGCGUGCUGAGCAGGUCGAUGAGAUCAAGUUCGACGAUACGGCGCGGCGGGAGUACCUCACUGGAUUUUCUAAGCGGAAAAAGCAGCGUACAGAGGAUCGGAGGAACCGUGCCAAGGAGCGUGAUAAGGAGGCGCAUAAGGAGGCGGUCCGGAAGGCGCGCAAGGACCUGCAGGAGCGCGCAGAGGAGAACGAGCGGACUGUGCGCGAAGCACUUGGAUUGAGUGCCAAGAAGGAGUCGGGCGACGAGGAGGAGCAAGUCGAGCCCACGACGAUCGAAGCCGAGUUCAGCGAUGAAGAGCAGGCUGCCACUGUGACCAUCACCGAGGACUUUGACCCCUCUGCCGCGGUACGGACAUACGUUGAGUCCGCGGACGAAGGUUCUGGAGAUGAAGACGAGGCAAAGGCCAAAGCCAAGGCCAAGGCCACUGUACCGAUCCUUCCAGCCUCUAGUCGUCGGGCAGAGCAGCGCGCCAAGCGCGAGAAGGAGCUGGCUGUCGCAAAGGCGAACAAGAAGGAGGAGAAGAAGAGCCGGAGCAUGGAGACGCCUGCUGAGAAGAAGCGUGGGCGUGAGAUGGAUCAGCGUAAGCGACAGAAGAAGAUUGACAAGGACCGCGCACGAGGCAUUGAGCCUGGGCACCGGAGUAAGGCAGCUGGAGGCAAAGGGGGGAAGGGGGCCAAGGGAGCGAAGGGAGCCAAGGGGAAUAAGAAGGGGGGGCGGCGAUAG